CUAUUAGCGGUACUCGGAUAUUUCGAUGUUUUGGGGUUUUCCACGAGAAUGAGACUAGGGGAUAAGUGUCAAGUGCUUGAUUUUCGCGUCCAUCCAUCACAUGGGAAGGGGACCUAUGAACAGUGCCAGUGACUGAUACUGACGUAUGUAGCUAAUUAUUUAUUAUCUUUCGCUCACCCAUCUCCAAAACCUUUUGCUCUUCCACGAGCUAUCCUCACCCUUUGCUUGCAAACGACGGAAGAAGCAAACAGAUACUGGAAGGCUGCAUUAUUCUCUCUCCCUUCCUGAAACAAUCACGCUUGGUUGCCUGGGGGCCGUUUGCACUCUCCACCAUAACAACCUACCUUACGCUACUGUUAAUUCUUCCUACAUUAAAUAUUCCAGUUCUUCUCUUUCUUCUCUCCCUACAACACAAUAAUCCUGGAACAUCACCAUGGCUACGACUACACCCGCCACGGCGCCAACCAACGCAAUGGUCGAAGAGACUCGUCUCUCCUCUGAUGAGAAGACCGAAGUUGGAUCCAACAACAUCCUCGACACUUCAGCCGACAACAAGGAGCAGCAGGCUGGCUCUGUAACCGCCAGCAACAGCAAUGCCGCUGACGAGCAGCCUCAAUACCCUAGCGCUGCAAAGCUUACCCUCAUCAUCUCGUCUCUCUGUCUCGCCAUCUUUCUCGUUGCUCUUGACCAGACCAUCAUCGCUCCUGCACUCGGCGCCAUCACAGCGCAGUUCCAGAGUGUCAAGGAUAUUGGAUGGUAUGGAUCUUCAUACCUUCUUACCACCACGGCUUUGCAGCCCAUGUACGGAACUAUCUACAAGUACUUCAAUGUCAAGAUUGCCUAUCUCACUGCCGUCUUCAUCUUUGAGAUUGGAAGUUUGAUCUCUGCUGUUGCGCCGACUUCUGUCGCGUUCAUCGUCGGCCGAGCCAUUGCAGGAAUUGGAACGGCUGGUCUCUUUUCUGGAUCUAUCGUUAUUCUCUCCCUAAUCAUGCCUCUUGAGAAGCGUCCUCUUGCCUUUGGUCUCGUUGGUGGCAUGUGGGGUAUCGCUUCUGUCGCCGGUCCCCUUCUUGGAGGUGCAUUUACCGAGCACGCAACCUGGCGUUGGUGUUUCUACAUCAACCUCCCCAUCGGUGGCCUCGCCAUGAUCAUCGUCUUCUUCUUCGUCCAUGUUAACCGCAACGACUCGGACACUAUCAACAUGACCUUCAUGGAUCGCAUUCGCAAACUCGACCUUGCUGGCGCCGCCAUCUUCAUCCCUGCCAUCGUCUGCUUGCUCCUCGCUUUGCAAUGGGGUGGUGCCGAAUAUCCCUGGAACAACUCGCGUAUCAUCGGUCUCUUCUGUGGCUUUGGAGCUAUGAUUGCCAUCUUCAUCGGCAUCCAAUUCUGGAAGGGUGAUCAGGGAACUCUCCCCCCUCGUCUGUUCAAGAACCGAAACACCUUGUCCGCCAUCAUUUUUGCCAUGUUCUUUGGUGCCGGUUUCUUCCCUCUCAUCUACUAUCUCUCUCUUUACUUCCAGGCCAUCCAGGGUGUUAGCGCCGUCCAGGCUGGAAUCAAGAUCCUCCCUCUCCUGCUCGCUACCGUCCUCUGCUCCAUCGUCUCUGGAGGUAUCAUCACCGCCAUUGGCUACUACAACUAUGUCAUCAUCCCCUGCAUGGUUCUCUACACUAUCGGAUGCGGCAUGCUCACAACCCUCGACGUUCAUUCCCCUCUCGGGGAGUGGUUUGGCUACCAAGUCAUCGCCGGCUUGGGUAUUGGUGCAGGUUUCCAGAUUGGUGUCCUUAUCAUCCAAACUGUCUUGCCUCAGGAAUGGGUUCCUGUUGGCACCGCUGUUGUCCAGUUCGGCCAAGCCUUCGGAGGCGCCAUCUUCGUGGCUGUGUCCCAAACUGUCUUCCAAAAUGGCCUCAUUGACACACUCAAGGCUGAUAACAUUGGCAUCGACCCGACCAUCUUCAUCAACACUGGAGCUUCAGAGAUUGAGGAUACUCUGAGAAAGAUGGGCCGCCUCGACGCGCUCGACACUGUUCUCAAUGCGUACAUGAAGGGCCUUCGGGACACCUUUUACAUCUCUCUUGCUUGUGCUGCCUGUGCCCUGAUUACUUGUCUGUGCUUCCAAUGGAAGUCUGUCAAGAAGGGUCCCGACGGUGAGGACAGAAAGCCCGAGCCUGCUGUGCCUGUCUAGAUGGAUCGUGGGAUCGAAGCGUAGUUUGACGAUUGGAAUUUUGCAUAGAUACCCUCGGAUGUCUCUCUUCUCUCGGUUGCAUUUGGCGCUGGUAGUAAUAAGUGUCUAAUAUCAUAGAAAGGUUAAUAAAAGUGGUCUUACAAUACGAAGACUCCUCAUUGUGUGUCAUCUGGUGGUCUGUCCCAUGAAACCCGUGCUUUCCUAGCUCUUGUCUUUACUCCAACAUCAGCUCCUACGAAUUUGAGCACCCAAUCUUUUACUUGCUUCGCCUUUUGUAACUGCGGGUGCAUCUGACCGCGCUUGGAAAGCUCACGCGUCGAAUAAAGCCCGGACCCAUCCCUUCUCCAUAACAGACUCACCUUGGUCAUGCCCCUACGGAGACUCUGACCAUAGACUUUGUCCUUGAACACGUGAAGUGCCACGUUCUGCAUAAGAACUACAUCCUGACGCCGAAGAGCACUAAUCUCGGCAGCUGCAUCGUUCUCCUCCGCAAGCCAAAACGUCACAGCGAAGCCUGUCUUUGUAUCGUCCCCGAGGAGGAUCUCCACUAAAGAGAGGCUGCGACCCCAGCGCGUUGUGACAGUUCGUGGCUGUGCGAUGGAUAUAAUGCCGGCAAUAAUGUUGAGGGUGACAGUCUGGGGAUUGAGAGCCAGAAUCCUCCGAGCCGGCGGUAUAUCUUCCAAAUCAGAGAGAUGAGAAGGAACAGUCUCUGCCAUAUCCAACUUUCUUGUCGGAGACGUCGUCAUAAACGAUGUCUCCUCAAAUGUUGUCUCCUCGAAACUAUCGAGCUGUGAUGAUGGAAUCGAAUUGUGUAAAGCUAGGGAAUGGUCAUAGAACUGCGACAACACAUUCUCCGGAUCUUCGCCCUCAAAAGACUGAGAUUGUUCCUUAAACGAGAUCUCAGCCGUGGUGAAAAAUUCGGAUUGGUUGGCGAGGUUGAUACUGAUAUUAUGGGUCUGGCUGAAUCCUGUGUGAAGCGGUUUUCUGUUCAGGGGAAGAGAACGCCAUGGUGCGAGAUUUGGAGACGAUACUGGAGCUGUUUCUUGAGGGGCCAGCCCGAGGAACUCAGCGAAAGAGUCGUCGAGUUGUGUUAUUGUACAUGAUUGUGUUGUAAGAGACGAAGGGGGCGGUGCGCCAGCAAAAAGGAGUAGUCGUGGUGCCAUGGUACCGACCGCCUGCAGCUGGAUUGGAAUACUAUUUGAAGCUUCUCAUGAUAUUACCGAGAGACUGUGCUGACCAAGGGUAGCAGCUGUGUGAGAUCUUGAUGAGAUAAGCAAAGAUUCACGAUGAUGUUUUUGGUGUUGGCGGGUGAUGCUAAC